AUGUCAGAAAACAAUAAUAUCCUUCCUGCUCAGUCUACCAUGGUGAAAGUAAGUGUGAGAGAAAACGUAUUGGCGGCGGUAGAACCCGGCUAUAAGGUGACCUACUUUCACCUUCAUGGAUGUUAUCAGAAUGAAAUCACCUCACGAGGCGUUAAUACCACCCCUAAAUCUAUGCUGCGAGGACAACGUCUUCUUCUUAUGAAAAAACAAAAAGAAGAACAAGAAGAAGAAGAAGAAGAAGAAGAAGGUCAAGAGGAAUCUAUGGUUGGAAAGGGAACUGUUAAUAAUAGGCCAAGACCUUUACACUCGGAGGAGGAAUUGCAACAACCGCUGCAUCAAGUCCCACCACCUCGAAGUGGACAUCUUUUACUUUCCUGUCCACCACGUCGAAGUCUUAUUCUCCACGGUGGACUUGGUGUUGGCCCAGCCGAUCUCCUUAAUGAUACCUGGGAAUACUUAAUUGAUGAACAGCGAUGGAUACAACUUAUUUGUCAUGGUAUUCCCUCUUCUAUAGGAGAACCAUUAUGGGUUGGAAGAGGGAGAAUGGGCGGAGGAAGUGAUGGAAUGCCUCCAAAGGCGUUUGGGCAAAGUGGAACUCUCUUUGCAGGUGGACGUAUGUUGUUUGUGCAUGGUGGUAUCACACAUGGGAGUAGGGGUGGAAUAACUUCAGCAUAUCAACUUGAUAUUGAGCAGCGAUUGUGGACGAAACUGCGACUAACAGUUUCACUUCCCGAUAUGUGGGGAUCCGUUGCACAGACGGUGCGAAUUCCCCCAUGUAAUAACUCCGGUGAUAGUAGAAAGAGAGGUGGUGUAUAUUAUUAUACCCAUAAUUAUUAUGGGAAUGAGGGUACUGAAAGAAGGGAUAAUAAUAAUAAUAAUAAUAAUAAUAAUAGUAGUAGUAGUAGUAAUAGUAAUAGUAGUAGUAAAAUGAAUAAGACAACAUUUCUCAAGUUAUCCCCAUCUGUAUCAAAGACAGAAGAAUCAAAGGAGUGGUCUGAAGUUGUAGUUUUAUUUGGUGGAAUGCAAGAGGAUAAAUCGUUCAAUAAUACUUACUUUUUAUAUUUAACCGUCCCACCACCCUCGAGCGGUCGUACACAAUAUAGGGAGAAAGAUCCCCGUAUAGUAGAAGAGUUACCGUUUAUCUCGCCAAGAGUUUUUCCUGGUAGGCGGCGACCCUGCUCAACUGUAAGUAAAGAUUUCUUUGUUUUUAUUUUUGGUGGUCGUGACAGUACUUCUUUCUAUAAUGAUCUUUGGGUAUUAAAUGCAUACACGCGACAGUGGAUAAUGGUGCGGAAGGAGACACCUCUACGGUAUAUGAGGGAAUUCUUUCUGUAUCCAUAUGAUCCAGCGCCUGGUAUACGUAUUAUGGAGUUUGUAAAGAAUAUACUGGAGAUACGGCGUGACCGACUCCGGUGUAAAUCCCCUACACCAAACCCACAUACAUGUAAGAAACACAAUAGUUCGGCAUUAUGGCGUACAGGGGCAGUAAUGGUGUGUUGUGGAUCUGAUAUUAUUGUACAUGGUGGAUUUACUUUAAUUGGUAAUGGAGUUUUAAGGACGCAUAAAGAUAUUCAUAUUUAUAACUAUAUGCGUCAUGUUUGGCGAACAGGUCGUGAGGAUACGAAAUGUACAAUGAUGCCAUUUCCACCUGAUUACUUUAGUAAAUCUGAGAUCACAUCAUCUAAUGUUCAAUCAGAAAACUUUGAGCACCCGCAAUCAUUGCUAGAUACUGUAAGUUCCCGCAACUGGGAACGAGUGAAGAAUAUCCCACCUUGUAUACCAGAUGGUCGUACCAUGGCUGCCAUGUGUGCAGAUCCUAUAGUUUCUGGAUUUCGUUUUUUUCUCUUUGGUGGCCGCUCUGAGGAUGAACCCAGUGGCGAUUUGUAUGAUGUUCGUUUUAGUGUAGAUUAUCCCGCUCAAUAUGAAUCUAUCUGGACGUAUGCAGACAACUUUCGCUUCUCAGAUGAUAUUCGUAUCACAUCCCAACCUGACACUAUGCAAAACCCCAACCGAAAAGCUGAAAUAGGUGGUGGUGGUUUUUCUAGAAUUUCUCCUUUUCCUCCACCUACUACUACUACUACUACUACUACUACUACUACUUCUGCUGCUUCUACUACCUCUACUACUACUACUACUACUACUAUUGAUACUACUGACUUCUUUUCCUUCUUGGAUGAUAAUGCCUUCUUUGCACAUGCGAUUCCCCGCUCCCCUCCCCACCUGUACUCCCCACCACGACGUGAACAUCGCCCCCGCACAUCCUCCCCGGCGUGGAGAUCGCAUUGGGUGACGCCGGAGCACAACGUCCGCUGCGGGCGCCGCUCACUGUGGGAACAGACGGCGGAUUGGCUGCGGGCGGUGCUGGCGGAGGAGGCCGCACUGCGACGCGCCAACGCCAUCGUCCUCCCCGAAGAGUCUGAGAACAGAAACGUUGUGCGGGAUGUGUUAUUGCGGGAGUCCCACGACAUUGACUGUCAGUUGCGGGCAAAAGUGGAACGGCGACUGCCACCGGUGCUGCGCAGCUUCGUCACACACACACCGCCAUUCCUCUGGAGGUAG